AUGCCAUACUCCGAGCCGUAUACCGAUACCUCCCGCCUCCGACCGCCGACCCGCCGGCCUUGCGUACAGCUCGGCGUCCCGCUCUACCCCGACCAUUUCCUCUUCCUCGUCCAACUCCUCCUCGAGAUCGACUACCCCAUUUGGUAUGGCGAAUUCGAGGAGCUCUACUGUCAAGUCAGCGGGCUGGAAAGAGCGGCGGAGGAUGUGUUCGAUACAAUCGGCUCGAAGGUGUACUCUCCGCCUGAAGCAUUGACGGCAUUGCAGGGCGACCCGGCGCAACUAUGGAAGUACAGGAACUUUGCAAUGCCCGCCUUCCUCCGCCGACGCUUCAUCCACACCAAAUACGAUGGGCCGGUGCUCGACGCCUGGACCUACGAGAACACGCAAGUCCAGGCACCGUCAAUUGAAGAUGAAGAACCGCUGCGCCUCGACAAUGGCGUCGUCAUCGACCUCCGGCGUCAAUUCCGAGAGUAUGACGCCGCGUCCGACCCCGUCCGCCAGCUGCAACGCGCGCUCGUUCCAAGCGCCGGGCUCUUGUUCCGCCACAGCAGCUCACCGGCGGUCCAGCCCGGGCAGGCGUAA